GUACGUAGCUUAAAUAGAAAAUUGCAAAAAUGCUUUCCAAUAUUAUAAGAGUCGUUCGGCCCUCGGUGCGCGGAAUAUCAUUACUAAGUCGAGUGAACAAAAAAUUUACUAUCAACGACAAUAAUGAAUUUGUAGACAAGGUGCUAAACAGUAGGAUACCAGUAAUAGUAACUUUUCACGCUGAGUGGUGUGAUCCUUGUAAAAUUUUAACACCAAAGCUGGAAGAGUUAGUCGGGCCAAUGGACGAUUUGCACCUCGCCAUUGUUGACGUCGAAUCGAACCCAGAAUUAGUUCACACCUUCGAAGUUAAGGCUGUGCCUGCUGUCAUUGCCAUUUCAAAUGGGCUCGUCGUAGACAAGUUCAUCGGCCUAGUGGAAGCUGGAAUGAUUAAGAAUUUAAUACAA